GAGAUAUUUGAGGUGAUCGAUUAAAAUGGGACACUCUGUAUAUAAAUAUUUUAUUUUUAAGUUUCAGUCGUCUAGCUCAACAGAACUCACAAUCAAAGAACAGCUGAAAAAUGGAGCACAACCUAUUGAAGAGGAUUUUGACACUUGCCUAACUGAAAAUGAUUUGACUCGAGAUGACUUUUACAAAGAGGAAGACAUAAUGACUAACGUACAUACUAAAUCUGAAAAUGAAGAAAAAACAAGAAAAAUUGGUUGCUGGAUUGCUUGUGUUUUGAAGAAACAGAAUUUAGUAAGUUCAUUUUAAAUAUCCUGUUAAAUAAGUAUUUUAUACAUAAUGUUCAACAACAUAAGAUUAAUCUGAUCUAAUAAAUUUAAAAUUUUUUAAUUUUUUUAAGACUUAACCCGUAAAGGACACCUCAGUGCGAAUUCGCACCCACAAAAUUUUCAACUUGUAGGCAUUUGCCGAAAUGAUUUUGCUUAACACGCAAUUUU